UGAGUGGGCUAAGUCAUUAUUAAGGUUUGAUGUUGCAAAAAUCCAAAUGCUUGGGUGAUAUGCUCGGUGUUAGGGUUCUAAUUUGUCCCUACCUUCUCAAACCCCAUCCCCAUUUGCUUCCCCCUAUAUUUAACCCCAUGUUCCAUUAUCUACUCUCCAUCUCAUAUCUUUAUAUAUAUUUCAACAAACCACCAUGGCUGCUGAGCUUGACCUUCUCUCAUUGACCCAACUUCAAAAGUUAGCCCAAUCUCAACAAAACCACAACCAUCAUCAGCUCGAUACUAACUUAGCCACCGUUGGUUCCUUGAUGUGGUACCCAAAGGGGCAGUCUCAUGAAGUAGACGAUGAUUCAUGGGAGGUUAGGGCCUUUGCCGAGGACACAGGUAAUGUAAUGGGCACAACUUGGCCACCGAGGUCUUAUUCUUGCAGCUUUUGUAGAAGGGAAUUCCGUUCAGCUCAAGCCCUCGGGGGUCAUAUGAAUGUGCACCGCCGUGACAGGGCUCGACUUCACCAAGCACACCCUGCUGCUGCUGGUAAUGGUGCAUUAAACAACCCAACCUCACCAUCUUCUCCAUCCACAACUUCCUCAUCCACUCUCUUAAUACCCACACAAGAAUUCGUCACAAAUGGUGGUUUGUGCCUUCUCUACCAAUUACACAACCCUAGUGAUGGGGUUCUCACUUCUUCUCCACCCAUGGAUGCAUGGCCCAUCGAUUCAUCUUCUACCCUUCUCUCCGUUUCACCCUAUCCCUCUUACAACUUGAUGGCGGUGACGGCAGCAACGCAGUCACCCAUAAAUUUUCCGGCAACUCCUCCGAUGUUAAAUAGUUCUUCUUCUUCUUCUUCUUCUUCUUCUUCUUCUUUUUGUUACUCAACCAAAGCAGUACAUUCAAGGACGCGGGGUGAUAAUAAUAAUCUCAACCAGGGAUUGAAUAUCAGCAACAAGGAAAUACCCCUUGAAGAGCUUGAUCUUGAGCUUCGACUAGGGCAUAAACGUCCAACAACAUCUUGAAAACCAAAGAGAUCACUGAGUGUGCAAUUUUCUUUAUAUCUAAAAGACUGCCAAUGGAAUGGAAUGAAUAAGAAAUUAAGUGUCUAGUUUUGAUUUUUAACUGGGUGUAUGAUUUUUUUUUUUUAAUGCUUGAUAACUUUUGAUUUCAUAAAUGUGUGAAUUUAAAAGAAAAUAAAGAGGAAAGCAGGCUGUAAAUUUAAAGAGAAAGAAGAGUUUAUUGUUGUCAUCUAAGAAGAAGAAAUGAAAUGAAGAUUAGGGUUUGGGUUCGAGUAAACCAUAAAAAAUUCUACAUUUUCAAAAGUUUUGAAUGGAAAUAAAAUGAUGUGGAAAAAUUUUACCUUCAAUUAAGUAUUUGGUCUAAGUAAACUUAGAAUUGGUUUAAGUCAACUUCGAAUUUAACCAGAGACUACUCACAAAAAUAAUUAGAAAGGAAAAAUAUUUGGGUUAGACUUAGGUGGGUUUGGAUGGGCAAUUGGGUGCGGUGCGGUGCGUUUAGUUUACUUUUUGUCUCACACUACAGUAUCGCUACAGUAUCUAAUCUCACCGCCACCGCUGUUUUUACACUAACUGCAAGUAAACGCACCGCCUAUCCAAACUCACCCUUAGAGUGAUAGAGUGGUAAAGAGAGCAGUGCAGUGUCAUUGUCAUUGUCUGGGGUACAGGUUUUGCAGAGAAAGUGAGAAGGUGAGUUUAUGAUGUGGGCAUGUAUUUCCGUGGGGACUAUUUCAAUUAAGGCUAGAAGAUUCAACUCUAACAAAACCCCGUAUGUCUUCUGCAACAUUUUAGUUACUUAGAAAUGGAAACUAGCUACUUUUACCACACAUUUAUGGAUAACCCCCA